AACGACUGCUGCGCCGUGUCUCCGCAUUGGUCUGCGACUCUAGCGAAGAUUUCGGCGCGAUCAGUUGCAUUUGCUAACCAGUAGCCAUCAAGCAAGAAGAGGUGUCCAACUCUUACGCGCUGUGUCAUCGUUCGUUAUUGAUUAUUAUUGGACUGUAUUGGCGCGAUAACAUUAAGUUCUUGUAAUAUUGGUUCUUCGAUCGCUUAUUUGCUUAUCAUCUCAUAACCUAAUAAUCAAUCCACCUGUUAAUGGGUUACCGUCAAUGAAAACAAAAAGUUAGGCAAAAUGGAAAACGCAGAAGACGUGAAGACUACUGUUGAAUUGUAUAUUUAUGACCUUUCAAAGGGCAUAGCUGCCAUGAUGUCUAGAUUCGUUAUAGGUCGACACGUGGAAGGGAUAUGGCACACUGCGAUCGUUGUAUACGGAAGGGAGUACUUUUUCGGCCCGUCUGGAAUUCAGAGCGCCAGGCCUGGUGGCACAGUGCUGGGAGAGCCGCUGAAAGUGGAAAAGGUCGGUGAAACUUAUCUGCCGUACUCUGUGUUCUUCGAGUAUAUCAGCGGUUUGGGAACGUCCACGUUCGCACCGAACACCUACCAUCUCUUUAAUCACAACUGCAAUUCCUUCACGGACGAAGUUAGUACUUUCUUAGCGGGCAAAAGUAUCCCCAAGUACAUCCUCGAGUUACCGGAAGAAAUACUUCGAUCGCGGAUCGGGCAAGAAUUGAGUGGUCUCAUAGAAGGUUUAUGCAGCAGCGCGAGCGGAUCAUUUAUAGUCGGCCAAACAUUCCUCGAACCGAGAAAUCGUAGAGAAGUUUCACCAGAAUUUCAACUCUUAAAUGAAGCUAUCGAGGAAGCAAGGUUAAACUCAAUCGCCCUCGAAGAAAGAAGAAACGAGAUCAACGAGAAAUUAGCGAAGAAGGAUAGGAAGAAAAAAAAGAAGAAGAAGGAAAAGAAACAGAAAGGAAGCAGAGACAGAGGUGCGAGUGAUACCAACAGCACCGGUCCUAGCAAUUGUAUAGACAUGGCGGAAAGUGAAAGUGCAGUUAGUGUGAGUGAGAUGCAGGCUACCAAUGGAGACACCGCCGAGAUGUUACCAUCGGAAAGAGUUAUGCAGAUGGAGGAAGAGGAGAAGAAGGAACUGGAAGAGAGGAAACGUUAUCGGGAUCCUCCUAUAGUGUUUAAAGAUUUAUUAGAUGUGAAAACAGAGUACGAUGCGUUAACUAAAUUGUUAGAAGGAAAGUUGAACGAGGAUGAACGAGUAUGCAUGGAAGAACUGAGGCAGUAUGUUUUAGAAAAUGAAGGUUCUUGGGCGCUUGGAGACAACUUUUUAAAUUUCGUAGGACGAGUUUUGUACGAUAAAUCUCUGGCAAGCGACACUAGGGUGAAACUACUAAAUAUACUCUCGGUAGCUGCCUUGAAGGACGACGUGAUCCUUUUAUUGCAUCAGGACAGAAGGGAACAUAUAAUUAUGAAUUAUGCCUUCGACAUUGACCGUCAUCCUCCAGAAGAACAACUUCCCCUUGCACAGUUUCUGGCAAAUAUGUUUGAAAACCUUAGUAGUUCAGAAUGGUUAUUGUACAUAUCGGAAUGGCAACAUCAAGCUCAAAGUAUCAGUAAUAUAAGGGUGACAACGAAAGUUGCUGUACAUUCGUUGCUUUCGAACUCUGACGAUUUGCAAAUUCGUGGCGCGGCUAUUAUUCACAAUCUUGCCUGCAAGGAGAAAAUGAACAAAAGCAAAAAUCUGCGGCGACUUUUACCAAAAGGCAGCAUUUCUAAGGUGUUCGAUGACGUCGCCGUAGAAUUAACAAUGGCAUUGUUGCAAUAUUUUAAUGGCAAUCCUGCCGAGGACCAGCUGUACGCUUGCAUGAAGUCAUUGGCGCGUUUUACGCAGAUCAGUGGCCAAGAUGUGCCUCAACUUAUACAGAUGAUUGGGCCAGAACCAAACAAAUUUCGUGGAAUGUCUGAGAGGGUUGACGAGCAAAUUGAUCAAGUUAAUAAGAAACUUCGUUAAUUUUACCUGUACGAGUUUCAUCUUGCGAAGAAGAAAUCCUAAAUUCCAAAUACGAUGCGAACGUUAUCAUUAUACUGUAUCUGAGUUUUUACGUAAAGAUUUUAUUAAAAGUAUUUCCAUAUAAUGCA